CUUACACAGAGGAAACUGGUGUUCUCUGAAUGGCUGACAAGCACACAUCAUCAGACGGCUGGAUGGACGUCAGUGAAUCUCUGCUGAAACCCCAGAUUUGUACAAAAAGCAAAUGUAAGGAAGAGGAGCCUGUGAACACCAUCCUGUGGCCAAGAGUUCUGGCACAAAAAUGGACGCUGAUGCUGUUUGUUGGCUCCUGCCUCCUGUACUGUGCCAGGAUGGCCAUGCCGAUCUGUGCCGUCUCAAUGGCCACUGCUUUCAAAUGGAGCAAGAUCGAAUCGGGUCUGGUCCUGGGGGGAUUCUUCUGGGGCUACUGCUUCACACAGAUCCUGGGGGGACAUGCCAGUGACAGAGUGGGAGGAGAGCGCGUCCUGUUCAUCUCGACCGGCCUGUGGGCUCUGAUCACUGCCCUCACUCCUCUUCUGGCUCAGCUCAGCUCUCACACCCUCGCUCUCAUGACCCUGGCCCGAAUCCUCAUGGGGCUUCUGCAGGGUGUGUUCUUUCCGUCUCUGGCCAGCAUCUGCUCACAGCGCGUCGUGGAGGCGGACCGAGGCUUUCUAAUGAGCACUAUGCACAGCGGUAGUUAUCUUGGGACGUUGCUGGCAGGUGGAAUGGGAUCCAUCAUGCUGGACCAGUAUGGCUGGCCAAGCAUGUUCUACAGUAUUGGUUUCCUGUCCUCACUCUGGGCAUUCCUCGUUUGGCAGUGUUUUUUAAAAGGUGAAGUUAUCCCCAAGCCCCUGGAAGCUCAGUAUAGACGGAGUCAUCAGACAAAAUGGAACCUGUCCCACAUGUUGCGUCUGUUUAAGAAGCCUCCUGUCUGGUCCAUGUUCUUCGCUCACAUGUGCGCAGCCAGCACCUCCAACACGUUAUUGUCGUGGCUGCCAACAUAUUUCAAGGAGUCCUUUCCAGAUGCCGCAGACUGGGCGUACAAUGUAAUUCCUUGGCUAGUUGCAAUCCCUUCAGCUUUGAGUGGGGCAUACAUUUCAGACAUUCUCAUCAAUCAAGGUUAUAGCAGAUCAUCUGUGAGAAAGAUAAUGCAGUUCUGUGCCAUGGGCGGUUCCAGUGUGUUCGUUUUGCUCCUGACGGGAGAAGCAUUUACCUCAUUCACCUCUGCAUUGAUCUUUGUCUCUGUGGCUGUGGGUUUAUCCACCUUCACCAGCUGCGGUGUGUCUGUGAACGUGCAGGACCUCACUCCCUCGUGUGCUGGUGCUUUCUUUGGUUUUAUGAAUAUGUUGGGUGCUUUUAUGGGGGUGGUGCUGGUCUCCUUGUCGGGCUACCUGAUCGAGGUCACCCUGUCGUGGGCCUCCGUGUUCUCCCUCAUCAGUUUAGUGAACAUCACGGGUCUUGUGGUCUUCCUGCUAUUCGGAGAUGCUCGACGUGUUGACCUGGAAUAUUGCAGCCCGAUUUCUGUGAUUUGACCCAAACCUCGUGCUGCAAACACCCGACAUGUGAGACUCAUAUUUAAGUCUCAAUCCAUUCUGCUGAACCUGCCUGUGGAUUUUGCAGAAACCAGGAAACACAGUACAGCCGAGCGUUUAUUAGCAAACCUCUGGAGAGUUGGAAAUGGGAAUCACAUUUUCCUGCUGCACAGAACUAGAAGGAAAGACCUCUGGAAAAUGAAGGAACUUGAAUGUUGCAGGCGUGUUUUUGUUCUUUGUGUUUACUGUAAUUCUUGAUCACUGUCAGUAUGAAUAUUUAACUGUAUUAAUAUUUAAUGCAGCGAGUUUGACAUCCACAUCAAAAUGUUUACACCGAAGUUGUUUUUGUAAAUUCUGAGCUGAGAUAGAUUACCUUUGGAACCUGCAGGAAUAUGAAUCUGUCCAUUGUGUUUAACUUUAACUUUAGGCUCUGGUAUAUUUUUUUAUUACACUACAGCCAAGAAAUGGUUCAGUACCAUUAUUGUUGUCUUGAUAUUUAUCUUUAUCGCCCCCUGGUGGCUGGCUAGAAUACAGGUCACAUACCCUGCCCCCUCCACACUAGUCGAUGGGAUGGUUUCUGUAAUUUUGGUUCUUCUACACAGAAAUGAUUUGGUUGCUCUGUAGACUUUUUUUUUUUAUUGAAUCACUUAAACAGUGGGAAGCCAAGAGUCAUGUUUACUUCCAAUGUUUGUGGUGUUGUGACUUUUCUUUUAAAGUCUGUGAGUUUUUGACAUUCUGUGAGUUUUUGAAAUUAAAAUAAAAUAUAUUUAUAUUA